AUGGAUGAGGAGGAGAGAGAGUUUCCAUCCAGGGGUCCCCAGAUGAAAAGCUUGGGGUUUGGACUCAGUCCCUCCCGUGUCAAAUUGGGGGUCUUCUUGCUGUUGGUGGAGGUCUUUUUUCCAGGCAUGUACUGCAUUCAGAGAUCUGUGUAUUACUCUUUCUAUGAAAUCAUCAUCCCGAGGAGACUGGUGAGCUGGAGGAGAGAAGACCAAGUGGAGAAGAUGCACUACUCAUUCUUCAUGAAAAGGAGGUGGCACGUCAUUAGCCUGAAGCAGAAAAAGGGGACCUCUGUCCAGAACUUCCCCGUCUACACUUACUCCAACGGGAUCCCAGGCCUGGACAUGCCUUUUAUCCAAUACGAUUGCUAUUAUGACGGGUACCUAGUAGGUGACCGAGGGUCCUUCGCAUCCAUCAACACCUGCGCAGGGCUCAAGGGGAUCCUGAGCAUCCAGACAAUUGCCUUUGGCAUCUCGCCGGUCAAAUCCUCCAACAAAUUUGAACAUGCUGUGUACCGCCUGUCUAAGGUAUCGCGUGAUGCCUGUGGGGUGAAAGAAAGGGAAAGCCCCGAGUUCUGGGCAAGCGUGAAAGGCCUCAGCCCAACAGAACCCUCUCCAGCACCCUUCCCCUACGCCUGGUCACACACCAAGUACCUGGAGGUCUUCAUAGUGGUGGACAACAUGCGGUUCCAGAUGUGGGACAGGAACGUGACCACGACCACUCAGACACUCAUGGACGUCCUGGCUCUGGUCAACCGAUACAUGAAGCAGAUCAACGUCGAAGUUGCGUUGGCUGGGGUGGAGAUCUGGUCUGAGAAGGACCUAGUCCAGAUCUCCUGGGACCUUCAGGAAACGCUCUAUGGCUUUAACCGAUGGCAAGCUUCAGAACUGCCCAAAAGGGCAAGGCAUGAUGUUGCUCACCUGGUCACCGGGCGGGAUCUCGGGACCCACCAAGGCCAGGCCUUCGUGGGGAGCAUCUGCACCCCCGGGAACGGGACGGGUGUGGAGGUCUUCCACCACGAAGACGUGCCUCGAUUUGCGGCCCUCCUGGCCCACGAGCUCAGCCACAACCUGGGCAUGAAGCACGACCAUCCGGGGUGCACGUGUCCCAAUUCCCUCCUCUGCUCCAUGCACAAGUCCAUCCCCUUGGAGGGGAGCUUCAGCAACUGUAGCGUGGGCAGCUUCUACGAGAUGCUGGCCAGGAACCAAGGGGCCUGCUUGUACGACAAGCCCCAGUCCAGGAGCCCCUUGGGGAGGCGGUACUGCGGGAACAAGGUGGCAGAGGAAGAGGAGGAGUGCGACUGUGGCAGCGUCGGGGACUGCAUGAAGGACCGCUGCUGCUUGCCCUCCUGCCGGCUGAGGCGGGGCUCUGCCUGUGCCUCUGGACCCUGCUGCAGCAAGUGCAAGUUUCUGAAGGCAGCCACGCCCUGCCGUCCCAGCGUGGACGAGUGUGACCUCCCCGAGUACUGUAAUGGCAGCUCCCCGUGGUGCCAGCCCGACACCUACAAGCAGGAUGGCAGCCCGUGCAGGGGCGGCGGUUACUGCUACCAGGGGCGGUGCAGGAGCCUGGAGAGCCAGUGCGUGCAGGUGUUUGGGGAGGGCUCCCGGGCUGCCCCGGCCCGCUGCUAUCGCAUGAACACCCAGGGGGACCGUUUUGGGAACUGCGGCAGCAAGUGGCAAGGGCAAGUCAGGAUCUUCAUGAAGUGCCAACCCGAGGACGUCCUGUGCGGGAGCUUGUACUGUGAGAACGUGCGCAGGCUUCCGCGGCUGAAGAGCCACCAGGCGCUCAUCCAGUUCCUUGCCGAAGGCGCCUGGUGCUGGGGGGCCGAUCUGCACACCGCCCCGGACGGGCCGGACGGCGGCUCGGUGAAGGAUGGCACCUCGUGCGGCCCCCGGAAGAUCUGUGUCAACCGCUCGUGCCUGGAUGUCCAGGCCACGCCGCGCUCCGACUGCAGCCUGGUUAAGUGUCACGCGAGGGGGGUCUGCAACAACCUCAAAAACUGUCACUGCGACCCGGGCUAUGACCCGCCCGCUUGUACAUUUCCGGGCGCUGGCGGCAGCCUGGACAGCGGCCCCUCCCCCAAGCUCAGAGUCAUCCCCCAGAAGGUGGAAGCCCUGCUCUGGUUCCUGAUGGUCAUCGCCUUGCUGCUCACGCCCGUCGUCUUUGCGGGGAUUUGCUUUUGGUGGAGGGUGGAGAAGGCCCGGGCCAAAGAGUUCGAGCUUCAGGCUGACUUGCUGGGCAGAGAGCUCGGCUAG